UAACCUUUGAUUAUGACUGACUGCAAAAGAAAGUCAAGUAAGAGUAACUGUCAUCCUUAAUCAACACAACAAUAUAUCAACCUACAAAACAAAAAUUAUUAAUAUACAUUUUCCUAAAUAUACUGUUAGAUCUUAUUUUACUUAUUCCUUAAUAUUUAAACCCAAAAUACCUACAUUAAAAAUGCAUGUUCUAAAUUGUGAUUUCGACUCUGUCACCCCCGAACUGUGGAUGGCAAACGAAGAAGAAUGGCGGGAAAAGUUGCUAAAUUUACCUAAUUGGUAUCAGAUACCUCUAAUAAACUGCAAUGCAUCUCAUAACCUCGCAGACAGCAAACUAGUAAGGUUCCGAGGUAUGAUCCAAGAUAUGCAUAAUCCAGAAUUCUAUUUUGAAGAGUUUCAAGUAUAUAACACAGUUACAAAAGAAGUUAAACACAAAAGUGGAAAAUAUCGUGAUACAGCUAAUGUAUUGGAAAAUGAAAAAAUAAACUAUACAGAAAACUUCAAAGGUGCCCAGAGGCAAACUAUGGUCGUUGUUUCUAUGCCAGGAUUAAGUGAUUGGGCACAACAAAUUGAAGAAAAACAUAAUACUCUAAAGCAUUUAGAACAACAGCCAAACACAUCUAGACGACUUCAGUCUAGUACCAAGUUAAAAAGGAGUUAUGAUGAUACGGAGGAUGAUAACAAUGCUAUGGAAGUUGGUGAGACUGAAGCUAGUAAAGAAAUGAAGAUUGCUGAAACAGUCAGUGAUACCUCAAGUGUUCUUUCUAGGGAGCAUUUACUGAAUUUUCCUUUACCUGAUAUGCCCAGCAAAUCAUGUAUUGUAAAGAUAUACCAUGAAAGUGAUAAUCUAAAAUUAAACAACAUGGUCGAAGUUAUAGGCUUCCUAUCUGUUGAUCCGGCACUUUCUGGAGAAUUUCAAAUUGAGAAGAACGCAUUGGAGCCACAGCUAGAGACAGAUGCUGAGACAAUAACACAUAAUCCUCCACCCAGUCUAGUACCUCGAGUUCACGCUGUUUAUGUGAAGAAAUUGGAACAUUGUAAUCCAUUGGUGAAAGACAAUAUUGAUAAAAAUACAGUGCUGAAGGAAGCAAGCACAGCCAGAGAACAUCUGAUGAAAGCUCUCAGUGAACUCCUGUUGGGAGAUCAGCUGGCUGCAGAAUACCUUAUUUGCCACCUGAUUGCAAGUGUGUAUCUUCGCCAAGACACACUGACACUUGGCCAGUUUUGCUUGAACAUCUCCAACCUUCCUACUGAGAAGUAUCCGAACUACGCCAAACAGUUGUAUGAUAUAGUCAAGCAAUUUGUGACCAAAAGUUAUUACCUACCAUUGACCAUAGAGAAUAUGAAUACACUUGCAUUAUUGCCAAAGAAGGACUAUGAAUGCAAUCGGUUAACAAGUGGUGUCCUGCAACUGAGCAAUCACACUCAUCUGGUUUUAGAUGAGACGAAAAUGGAACAAGGGACAUUAGAUGCGACCGGAGUUGGCAAUAUAACAGCUUUGGGCAACAUGAUACAAAAUCAAAGGGUGGAAUAUGAUUUCAAAUAUUACAAGAUGGAAUUUGAUUCGGAUAUCCCUGUUUUGAUAUUGUCGGAAGGGAAAUCUUUGUUACCUAGUGAUUACCAUGUCCCUCUCAAACCAGAGGAGUCCUCGCUCAAGAUUUUUGACGCAAUCGUAGAAGCCACUACAUACUAUUUGAAAGAAGAGAUCAUGAAUGUUAUUAGAAGCUACUUGACUAGUCUUAAGCUUGUGAAAUAUACAAUAAGUGAAGAUUUACAGUUUGUUGAAGAUGAUUUUAUUGAGAUGAGAAGGACUUCGGACAGCGAGGAUUCAGUGACAGCAGAUGAUUUACAUCGACUGCUUGUCCUUGCUCGGCUGGUCAGCUUGUCCAGGGGUCACGAUACACUGACCAAGGAAUGUUGGGACAUGACAAAGCAUAUGGAGUCUCAGAGGCUGCAAAGAUUAAAAAACAAAAGGUCCACUACUUUGUAAAUGGAAUGAUAUAUUAUUUCUUUUCUAAUAAAUUUUGUUU